GCCAGAGAAGCCAGAGAAAAGCAGAGCGUGGCCAGAGCCUGAGGGAAAGGGGUCCAGAGAGGAGAGUGGGUGGGACUUAGUGAUGAGACCGUCUUGCUGCCAGAGGCUUGAGGCAACCAUUGAUUGGGCUGGGUCAGAGGUAGCCUUGGAAAGGAGUGGGGCACUGUGUUCUCCUACACAGGAGGGCAGAUCAACACAGAAGAAAUGGACUGAGUGGGAAAAAGGGAAAUUGAGGGGGAAGUGGGCCUUCCUCCCACCUCUUAGAGACAGAAGGCCAGGUGGGGCUCUGGUCUUCGGAGAGCAUAACAGGUUGGAAAAGGCCAUAGGAGUCAGCCAGAGAUGACCUUGAGGAAGCUAGGAAGGUGUGUGUUCUCAUCCUCACGCUGACGGCAAUUCAUUCACAGUGAUAGCUAUUGUUAGAGUUCUUAUUUUUCACAUAUUAUUGAUGUGGAGAACAAAGGCAAAAGGAAAUGUAGAUAAAAUUAAAUUUCCUUAUAGCCCAUUGACAAAUACUUGAGGCAGGCAGAGUGAGACCUUCCUCCGGGAACUCCCAACUGUCUGAACGUUAAUGCCUGGCUAGAGGCAAAAACAACCUUAGCUUGAGGAUAGUCAGGCCUCUAGGAUCUGUAAGUCUUGGUCACCAGACCAAGGAUUCCAAAAUCCUUUUGGAAACUUCCCUGUGCCUUUACCUUCCCCAAUUCCCAACUAUGUGAUCAGUCACCCCUCACACUUACAGCGCAGCUCUUUCUGCCCACAAGGGGUCCUGACCCCGUGUCUUAAUAAAAACACCUUGUUGCACCAAAGAAGUCUGAAGAAUUCUUUCUUGGCCCUCGGCUCCAAACCCCAACACUUCAAACUGCAUCAUUUUGGCACCCCAACGUGAGGCCUGCGUCUUCUCAUCUGGACUCUGAGUCUCGGUGCAAACUUGGUUAAGUACUCCUCUCCUCUCCCUUUACUUUCAUUUCAGGAGCUUUUCAGGGAGUAUGGUCUUAUUGGAACACUCUCAUGUCAAUUGCUCAGGCUGCAAUCCUCUAACCCACGGCUCCUCUAUGGGGAAGAGAAAGCCUGCCUUUUGGCUGGAAGUUAGUACCUUGGCUGGAAUGCUAAUAAAGACUCAGAAACUUGAUGCUCUCUCUUUAUUCCCAUUCUUAUACAAAAGUUGUCUGUGUUGGGCACAGGACAGCCACCUAACUCACCAGGACAGCUCAGUCUUAAGACUCCCGUGUGAGGUUUCCUCCUCAUUGGUCUAAUGUGAUACCCUUCACAUCUCUGGCCUAGCUGCUUCUGGCCUCGAGACCUCCACUUGGAGCACAUCAAAACCAGUAACCGACUGAAUUAAACCCAACCAGGAUCUUUCCCUAGGGAAGCUGGUUGUAAAGACUACAUGUAUUGGAAUGUCAGUUAGAUCAUGAUGGAUUUCUGUCUUUACUGUUUUCCAUCAGUGUCCCUUACUGGCUACUUAAAUUAUAAAGUUGGGUAAUUUCCCCUUGAGAAACUCUCCUAGUGCUUUCUAUGGGUUAAAAAGGAAGGAUUCUUCAAGGCAAAGCAUGUAUUUUGAUCCAUUCAGUGCUACCCAUUUAUAGUCUAGAAAGCAAAUGGGGAAGGGGAAGGUGGUAGCUAGUAUCCCUCCUACAGGUCUUUACAGUGGGAAUGGUGACCAACAGUGGUUUCGUUCAAAGAAUGCCUCAGAUUGCUUUUGAUACCAAGAAGCUCUGACAUGUCCUGCGCCUGGGAUGUCACCCAGGAGACAGGGGCAGGGGAUGUUUGGCAGUGGACCUUUUCUACUUUUCUAGAAGCAUGGGAGCUUCUUCAGCCCCUAAGGAUUCUCCCUUGGGAUGCCUUUUAACUCACGGAAAUCAAUUCAGAUUGUAAGAUCUAGGAAAGAAAAAACUGAUCUUCUUCUGUAACAUUGCAUGGCCUCAGUACUCCUUAGGAGAUGAGGGGAGAUGGCCAUUAUUGGGACGUUAAGCUUCUGUAUGAUCUAUCAGAUCUCUUCUGCAAGAAGCAGAGAAAAUGGACUGAGGUACCUAUAACCAGGCCUUCAUGGCCCUAAGUCAGGAUUCGGACCUGAGGGCCUAUUGUAGAAUGUGUUACCACCAACCAGGCUCAUAAACCCCAUCUGGAUAUACUGGAUGAUGACCGUCUAAAUAGGCCCAUUCCUCCUAAUAAGCCAGGGCUGCUUCAGGAGUCACUGACCAGUCCAGACAAAGAGGACACUGGCUCUGUUGCUAUCCCUCCUCCUUAUAGACCCUAAGACCUGUCUGCUCCCAGCCCAGCUGGACAAACUAGGAGUGGGAUUCCUUAUCUUGCAGGAGUUCCAGCUAACUUUGGAAUGCAUCUUCUUAGGAAAGUUGCCAAUGGAGAAAUGGGCAUGAUUCAAGUCCAUGUCCCCUUCUCCAUGGCAGACCUGGCCCAGAUAAAAUAAUAAUUAGGACGGAUCAUGGUGUGUGCGGGUGACUGAUCCUUGCCAUGUCUUCUCACAAGACUUUCGGGAUCAAGCGAUUUCUGGCCAGGAAACAAAAGCAGAAUCAUCCCAUUCCCUAGUGAGUUCAGAUGAAGCCUGGUAAUAAAAUCAGGUACAACUCCAAGAGGCGGCAUUGGAGAAGAACCAAGCUGGGUCUGUAAGAGAUCGCUCGUGCGAUGGCACGCAUAUUUAUGCUGCAUGAAGGUCACGUGUUCCUAUCCCAUCACUCUGUAAACCUCCCUACUACCUGAGCAAUAGAUAUGCUUUAUCGGGGAAAUGAUUUUUCUCUGCUAUUAUGCUUCUGUACCAGUAGGUUAGUAAUAAAUAUGUGAGAACUUUUGACUGAAAAGAAAAAAACAAUUAGGACAAUAUUGCGAAAACCCUUCUCAAUUUAUUGAAACAACAAUUAACAAGUGUAUAUACUGUUUGAUUUGACCUGGCAAGAUAUAUACAUCAUAUUAACUCGUUGCACCCAUGAGGAAAGGAACUGUAUGGGGGAUGUAUUUGGAAUAUCUCUGGCAACCAGAGAUAGGGAACGUUAUCCGGUAGGGGGCGCUGCUGUUCCAAAUACCGAAGCACACUGAAAUUAUCCGGAGGACAGACAAGGAAGGGAAAGGUGAGAUCAUGUGAUUACUUGUUUAACAGAAGGAAUGAAAAAAGGAUUCACUAUACCUGUAAAUUGUGAUAACAUUCAGGAAGUUAUUCAAGGAGCUGGUGAGAAUACAGCACUAUUUCAGGGUCAUUUGAUAGAAGCUAUCCGUAGAAAUGCAAAUCUGGACCCAACCUCACCUGAGGGAACAACUAUACGAAACCUGCAUUUUAUAAGUCAGCUGGCACCUGACAGCCACUAAAAACUGACUAAAAUGGCCUUAGGUCCUCAAAUCUUCCCUCUUCCCCCAGAACCUCUAGAGGUAGCAACUGGAGUCCUCAAGAAUACAGAUGUGGCCUUAAAGCAAGGAAAGGACCGGAGAGCUGAAUUGCAGGGUAAAAUAUAGACUCAAAUAUUGGCUGCCACUAUUGUGGAUUCCCCACGACACCAGACUAACUAGGGGCCAAAGAAAAAGCUGGUAUCAAAGAAUCAGGUAAGACUCCAUGCUAGCACUGUGGUCAGAUCAGACAGUGGAAAAAAGAAUGUCUAAACAAAUGUUCUCCACCAGGGCCAUGUCCUGUCUGUAAGAAAAAAACGACAUUGGAAGAAAAACUGUCCUCAUCUCCAGAGAGAGAGGGAGACAGGAACUCACUUCCCUGCCUGAGAGCAGGAACCAGAGGAUCUGGCAUGAUGGGGCCCUGAGGCUGGUCUGGCUCCCUUUGACAUCAAGAUGACUGAGCCCUGGAUUACUCUGGAUGUGGAAGGCAAGUUUAUCAAUUUUGUUAUUGAUAUAGGAGCCAGUUUCUCUGUUCCUAUUCAGCACUCCGGUUCUGCUUGUUUUUCUAACCAUAAAAUUGUUGGCAUAGAAGGGGAAACUACGUGCCAUUGGACAAUGCCUUUAACCUGUAUAUACAAAAGUCAAUGGGUUACUCAUGUUUUUCUACUCCUUCUGUCUUGUCCUACUCCAUUACUUGGACGAGACUUAAUGUGUAAACUGGGAAGCAGGUUUUCCCUUACUAAAGAAGGGGAUGGCUUGUUCUCUUUAACACCUGGAGAGCUAAAACCUUAUCCUGCUAUCCCUACUACUAGCUGGAAGGAAAUAAAUCCACAAGUCUGGGAUUGUGGAUGUCCUAGGACGUCCUAGGAAGUCCUAGGACGGCUCUUAAAGCCCAACCAGUUAAAGUGAUUUUAAAGAACCCAACCAGGAGUGCCUGGGUGGCUCAGUCGCUUAAGCAUCCAACAUUGGCUCAGGUCAUGAUCUCAUGGUUCUGAAUUGGAGCCCCACUUUGGAUCCUCUGUCUCCCUCUCAUUGUCCCUGCCCCCAACUCUAAAAUAAAUAAACAUUUAAAAAAGAUAAAUAAAUAAAGGACCCAAUCACUACCCUUCAUAGAAAACAAUAUCCCUUAAAACCUGAGGCAAAGGCUGGAUUGCAACCACUUAUUGAUAAGUUUCUCAAACGUAGUAUUUUAAAGCCUUGUCAAUCUCCUUAUAACAAUCCAAUUUUACCAGUCAAAAAGCCAAGUGGGGACUAUUGAAUGGUACAAGAC